AAGAUGGCCGCAAUCUUUAGCAGUUUAAUAGUUUUCUUUCUUUUCUGCCCUAUUUCUCUCGCAGUGAGAGAUGUUUUCCACGAAGAACUACUACUGAGACCGUUGAAAACUGGCCACAUUUAUGCACACUUUCAGUUCACCAUAGUUUGGGAUGUGGAUGUCAGGGACACAAAAUCCUUCUCCCACUACAGACUGUUUCCAAAAUCCUUUGGGCAGAUUGUUAAUCAGUACUCAGUACAAGAACUUCAUCUGAGUCUCACCCAAGGACAGUGGCAGCACGAACAGUGGGGGUACCCUGUCACUUCAGCCCCCCCUGGAGCAGAGUUAUGGGUGUGGUUCCAGGAUAGAGUGAAGGGCAGCGUGGAUGAGAACUGGUCAGGACUCACCCAGGCAUUGUCAGGCCAAUUUUGCGCUUCCCUGAAUUUCAUAGACAGUAAGACAACCACAAGCCCCAAACUUUCCUUUAGAAGGGAAGGUGUUACCUCCACUUCUGGUACAAACUCUUCAUUAUUGAGACAAGCAGCUUUGCCCAGAGAGUUAGUUUGUACUGAGAACCUCACACCAUGGAAAAAACUGUUACCAUGUGACUCAAAGGCUGGUCUAACUACGCUAUUUUACACCUUGCUGCUGUAUAGUGUUAAUUAUCAUUCCCUAGCAGUUCAUUUGAGACCAAUAUGCCAGGAUACAAGCUGUUCACAAUACUCUGUGGAAUUAGUGCAAUCAGUUUCCAUGGUGCUAGACCCACUCCUUAGAGGGGGAUCCAAAUAUGAUUGGUCCUUCAAGAAGCUUUUUGGUCGUUCCAUCAAGUCUGCAUGUCCUCUGGCUACUACCAGUCGUGUUUAUGUUGAUAUCAGCAGUAACAAGAGUGAUUCAGAGUUCACAUUGUCCCCAGCUUUCUCUACAGUAACGAGACAAGUGACAGAACAUCAUCAACACCACUUUGCUAUGUAUGAUGUGAAGCAAAUUAUCAAUGCCAGUGUUUCUGACUCAGCUCUUAAUGUGGUGUUCAAGUGGAAGAGGAGAGCUGCUAAAGGUGUUCCUCCACAGCUUUAUGCUCAAAGAUUUGUAACAGGGUAUGGUGAAGACAAAGGUGGUAUUACAUCCAUGUUACACAACUGUCACCCCACAGAUCCCCUGCCAGUUGUUUACUUUGCUACCUUCCCUUGGUACCUCAGGAUCUUUCUUCACACACUAACCAUCAAAAGUGCUGGCAAAGAAAUUAAGCCUGAUAUCAUCCACGUCACUCCAGCAAAGGAUCGUUUGCGCCCUUAUACUGUAGAGAUGCUGCUGACUUUACCAGCAAACUCUGUAACAGAACUGAGCGUACAGUUUCACAAAGGAUUCCUGAAAUGGACAGAACAUCCUCCAGAUGCCCAUCACGGCUUCUACAUCAGUUCCGCAGUGAUCUCUACAAAACUUCAAGGCCCAAAAAAUUACACUGGUUCAUCACGUCACUCCUCUCUCCUGUUCGAAAGUGGUGAAACUACUCCAGUGGAGGAAGUGUUUCUUCGUGUUCACACAGAAGUUUUGCUCAUUACCCUCCCCACCCCUGACUUUAGUAUGCCAUAUAACGUGAUCUGUUUGGCCUGCACCGUAGUAGCCAUUGCAUUUGGUUCAUUUCAUAACCUGUCCGUGCGAAGAUUUGAAGCUGUAGACCCUAAGGAAAACACUGGUCCCAUUGGCAAGUUGAAAGUUUUUCUCGCCAAGCUGAAGGGAAAGGUCUUCGGGAAGAAGGAAGAAGAAAUUGCGGAAGAAAAGAAAGAAAAUUAAAGUGAACAUUUUGGUAAGGGUACCGUGCGAGUUAUGUCGCGCUAAAGUAAAGCGUUAAAUAUUCAAGUGACCAAACCAAUCAGCACUUAAAAGAAAAUAAGCACGUGAUCUGUGGAUCGUCCAGGGAAAAGCUUUGACUCGUUUAGUCAACUAAUCUUGACCGGUGACUGAUCAGUAAGACUGUUAUGCGUGUAGAUAGAUCGGUAAUCCGCUUCGAUCCCAGUAGAACUUUACUCUAGCAGCCAUUGUGGGUUGUGUUUGAAAAUGAAGAAAGAAUGUUUAGAAUGAUGAACAUCAAGAAAGGAUGUGGAAACUUCUUGUUUUGCGCAAGUUGAAAUGAUGAUAGUUUUUUUUUUCUUUUUUUUUUAACGUUUUGGAGGAAGAUGCCCUUUAUUCAAUGGAAAGAAAGAACGUUGUUCACGAGAGAAAAUUAGAUUUUAUUGGUACACCUCCUCCUUUUUGUCUCAAACAGUGUACAGUGUGGACAUUGUUAAGAUGUCUUGAAACAAAGUGGAUAUGAAACAUUAAAAAUUCUUUGGAAGUAGUUCGCUCGUUAUUUUCAAUCGGAAAUUUACUUUGGUUUUCUUCCGGUGACUGCCAAUAAAGCAGCUAUCAACGGUCACAAAUUCAUUUUGCCUCUUUGUUUCGAAUGAGUAGAAUUCAGGUGGAAACAGUAAUAGUCUUUUUUAAGGUAGCUAGAAAACAUACGAGGUUAGAGUAAACCUGAUAAAAAAACAAUGAAACAUCUUGGAGUUUGUGUGACGCUAAAACUAUUUGCAAAUGAGAAACUCGAAAAUUUAAGAUUAUCAAGCCAUGACUAAUCGAUAGAUAUUGCUUCUGUGUUGAUAUCAGAAAAAAGUCUAUUUAUGAGCAUAUGAUGACUGAUCCGUCUAUAUUGCUACAGGUUCCCCUAACUAACUAAAGGAAAAUUUUCUAAAGACGUUUUCUGCAUUUUAAUUUAUGUAAUAAAAUACGCCUGCGUGGAAGAUGACA